UUGAAAACAUAACCAGCAAAAACCCUCUCACAAAUCAUUUUUCAAAAAAAAUGCGACUUUGAUAAGGAAGAACCAGCUGCAGACAACCAAGCGCACAUCCUCAGCUUCAGAGAGGACAUGGCGAAUCUAAGGACGGCCAUUGAUUCAGCAUUCUGGGACCAGAACAUAUCCACCACACAGACUCUGGAAGGGACGGCGCGGUCCUGUCCGGGAGACCCAUUUCCGUUGGACGGGGCUCGAGCCAGCCGAGCUCUUCGGAUCCAGCAACUCUCUCUUUUGAGAAAUGGGUUUCCUUUGGGUAUAAUCCCUUCUUUCUCCCCUGCUUUGCAUAAGGAAUUGGGCUCUUUUUCUCUCCAGUCUCUCUUGCUCAAACCAGCUACUUCUAAUUGGUGGCUAGGAAUAGUUGGGCAGUUCCGUCCUAAGAAGCUAAUUUCUGCUAUCAAAUCGGAACUUUCCAAUGCAGAUGAGUGGGAGCUUCCUGUAUUCAGAGAUGCUGCAAAGCAUUUUCUUGACAAGUCACUUUACUCUAUUGGUCUGUGGACACAAUUCUCUCUCACUCCCUCGUCAUCCUUAAUCUUGAGCACAGAACGUCGUGGUGAGAAAGAAGGGAAUCGUAAAAAGUUGAUGUUCUUUCAGAAGCUUCCUAAUCAUGAUAUCACCCUGGAGGCUGCAUGGCCUGAGCUGUUCAUUGAUCAUAAAGGAAAAUACUGGGAUGUUCCAGAAUCAAUAUCUUUAGAUAUGUCCUCCCUUGCUUCAGAAUCUGGGUUACGAUAUCGCUUCGGUAUGCACAAAAACAGUGGCUGUCCCCAGGCUUUUGAUGCUGCGGAUGGUGAUGUACCUUCUUCUUUAAUGCCUGGAUUAUGCACAAAGGCUGCCUUUUCAUAUGAGAAGAGCAGGGACUUUUGGAGGCAAAGAGAGACUGCUGAGGAUGUUGUGGUAAAGACAGACAAGGGCAUCUUUUGGCGCCCAUCAUAUGAUGCACGUCUCAGGGAACCUCAUGCAGCAAUAUCAGGAGUUAUAGGUGGCAGCUGUGCAGCCUGGUUUGGCGGCGGGGGUGUGUGUGAGGGGUCUCAAGGAGAUGGCAAUAUUUCCAUGACUUGCAAGAAGAGAAGUCCGUUUAGUGCUGAUUUAUUUGGUUCUCUUUGCUAUACUUUUCAACACGGGAAGUUUAGGAAGCUAUAUGGUGACCUGACCAGAGUAGAUGCUCGUCUGGAUAUUUGCUCAGCUUCAGCUUUGACCAAAAGGAUUUUUAAUACAUUCAGGAAGUCUGUUGGUAAAGAAGAUAACUCAUUGUCUUCCCCGAGACUUAAUUUGAUCUUUCAGCAGCAGGUUGCCGGGCCAAUAAUCUUUCGAGUGGACUCCCGGUUUCUGCUGGAUUCAUCAUUGGGAAAUCGCAGUCCACAUAUGGAGGAUCUCAUGUACAGCUUGAGUUACUCGAUGAGGCUUUUGCGAUCUGGCAAAGUUGUUGCUUGGUAUUCUCCCAGAAGAAAGGAGGGCAUGAUAGAGCUGCGCCUAUUUGAAUUCUAAUUCUGUAACUCAAAUGUUUUUUUCUUGUAUUCUGCCGUGUGGUUUUUCUUCAAUGCUCUUGUCUUUUAGAAGGAUGAAUACUAGGACAUCUCCGAAUACAGCGCAAAACAGUACAACAAGCUCCGUUAUACGGUAUCUUUCCAGAUAGGAUUGUUGGUACUACAGUGGAGUUUUUAUUAUAGAGAAUUUUUUUUGGUUAAUCAUUGACUAGUCUGAUUACAGCCGAAGACAGUUUCUAGGAAAAGAAAAAUAUCAAAAAGGGUAAGAAAUGGGGUGCCCGAAUGUUUUACCAGUAGUAGUCUUUCUUGGGGAACACUGAAAUUAUCUUGUUCAUCAAGCAAUAUGUGCUUAUAUAUAAGGGCUGUAUGUUUAACCCAA